CGGGUAGUGUGGAGAGUAGAGUAUGCUGUGUGUGUGUUUAUGUGUGUAUGUGUGUGUGCGUGUGUGUUAUAAAGGAGUCAGAACGAACCAAUACGCAGCUGCUGAUUGGCUGGAGGGCGGUGAUUCCUCCUGUCACGAUUUUGGUCGUUCGCAGGCUAGUGCACACCGUUCAGCGGUAGAGUCGUGCAGUACACCGUCCCCCAGGGUGACGCAUGAAAGGCUCUACCAGUGGUGGGACCGAGGAUCUGGAUAGCCGCUUUCGUUGGUGAGAGAGUGGGUACAGCAGAACAGCGCAGUGUGCUGGAGCGACCAGCCGCCUUUCAUCUGUAGGGUUGCAGUAGAACUCGUUCAUCAUGCCGGUGUUUCACACCAAGACGAUCGAGAGUAUUCUCGAGCCGGUGGCGCAGCAGAUCUCCCACCUGGUCAUCAUGCACGAGGAGGGAGAGGUGGACGGUAAAGCCAUCCCGGAUUUAACGACCCCGGUGGCGGUGGUGCAGGCGGCAGUUAGCAACCUUGUGCGGGUGGGGAAGGAGACUGUUCAGACCACAGAGGACCAGGUGAUGAAGAGGGACAUGCCUUCUGCGUUCAUCAAGGUGGAGAACGCGUGUUCGAAGCUGGUCCAGGCAGCCCAGAUGUUGAAGGCAGACCCGUACUCUGUUCCGGCCCGGGAUUACCUGAUCGAUGGGUCCAGAGGAAUCCUGUCUGGGACCUCUGAUCUCCUGCUCACCUUUGACGAAGCAGAGGUCCGAAAGAUCAUCCGAGUGUGUAAGGGCAUCUUGGAGUAUGAUUUAAAGGGGCGCAUGCAGGAAGUGAUGACACAGGAAGUGUCGGAUGUGUUCAGUGACACCACCACCCCGAUCAAGCUGCUGGCUGUGUCUGCCACUGCUCCCCCUGAUGCCCCCAACAGGGAGGAGGUGUUUGACGAGCGCGCGGGGAACUUUGAGGCUCACGCCGGGCGUCUGGGGGCCACGGCGGAGAAGGCGGCUGCCGUAGGAUCAGCCAAUAAGGGCACGGUGGAGGGCAUCCACGCCGCAGUGAAGCAUGCCAGGGAACUCACACCACAGGUGACCUCGGCUGCCCGUAUCUUGCUGAAGAACCCAGGGAACCAGGCAGCGUAUGAACACUUUGACACCAUGAAGAACCAGUGGAUCGACAAUGUGGAGAGACUCACAGGUCUGGUAGAUGAGGCUAUUGACACCAAGUCUUUGCUGGAUGCCUCUGAGGAGGCCAUCAAGAAGGACAUCGACAAAUGCCGUGUUGCCAUGGCCAACGUACAGCCCCAGAUGCUUGUUGCCGGGGCAACCAGCAUAGCCAGGCGAGCCAAUCGGGUGCUGCUGGUGGCAAAGAGGGAAGUGGAGAACUCUGAGGACCCGCGAUUCCGAGACACUGUCAAACACGCCUCCGACGUUCUCUCACACACCAUCUCACCCAUGGUGAUGGAUGCCAAGGCCGUGGCUGGGAACAUACAGGACCCAGCUCUUCAGAAGGCCUUCCUAGACUCCUGUCUGAGGAUCCUGGCAUCGGUGGGGAAGGUGAGAGAAGCCUUCCAGCCCCAGGAGCCUGAUUUCCCCCCUCCACCCCCAGACCUAGACCAGCUGCAUGUGAGUGAUGAGCAGGCACCCCCCAAGCCCCCCCUGCCCGAGGGAGAGGUGCCCCCCCCCCGCCCCCCGCCCCCAGAAGAGAGGGACGAGGAGUUCCCCGAGCAGAAGGCCGGGGAGAUGGUCAGCGAGCCCAUGAUGGUGGCUGCCAGGCAACUACAUGACGAGGCUCGCAAGUGGUCAAGCAAACCUGAGGAUGAGGAGGCAGUGGAAGAGAGGGAGGUAGAUGAUGAAGAUGAGUAUACUGACGGUGAGGAUGACUAUGAACCUGAGCUCCUGAUGAUGCCAUCCAACCAGCCUGUCAAUCAACCUAUUCUGGCAGCCGCCCAAUCUCUACAUCAGGAGGCCCGCAAGUGGUCCAGCAAGGGUAAUGACAUCAUCGGGGCAGCCAAGCGGAUGGCCCUGCUUAUGGCGGAGAUGUCUCGUCUGGUGCGUGGCGGCAGCGGUAACAAGCGGGCAUUGAUCCAGUGUGCCAAGGACAUUGCCAAAGCCUCCGAUGAGGUCACCCGACUGGCUAAAGAGGUGGCCAAGCAGUGUACUGACCGACGUAUCAGAACCAACCUACUACAGGUGUGUGAGCGUAUUCCCACCAUUAGCACUCAGCUGAAGAUCCUCUCCACUGUAAAAGCCACAAUGUUGGGACGAACCAACAUCAGCGAGGAGGAGUCAGAACAGGCUACAGAUAUGCUGGUCCACAAUGCUCAGAACCUGAUGCAGUCUGUGAAGGAGACAGUGAGAGAAGCAGAGGCAGCGUCCAUCAAGAUACGUACAGACUCAGGCUGCACCCUGCGCUGGGUGCGCAAGACCCCCUGGUACCAGUAAACACACACCUGCUCGCAGAGAUAACAGUACUGUGUACCAGAUACACACACAUGCAACCUUGAUGUUGACCACACACACUUCCUGGUAGCACACAGACACGUAACUUUAUGAACAUACAGUAUAGUACACACCCAGUACACUCAAAAUGCCCACACACAGAACAUUACAAAACAGGCAAAACCUGCAGGUGAACUCGACUCUGGUGUGUUUCGAACCCUAGGAACCAGAUUACUGCUAGAAGCCCCUCUUCUCUGGCUCGAGCACAGCUUUGCUUCACAAGAUAUCCCUUUAUCUGUAACUGUAACAUGUUAGGACAACCACAAAAGGUUUUUAAUAUAUAUUUUUUGGUAUGUUGUGUUACAAAAGGUUUAUCCAAAAUCCCAGGUAUAUUUUUAGCAUGAAAUGUUUUUUCUAUUUUCUUAAAAAAGCGAGUGAUCUAUGAACUGUCUCUCUGCCCCUCUCUUUAUGACAGUACAAGCUUUUGACGUUUACUUUAGAUUCUGUUUUACCAGUGGAGUUUUUCUUAUUGUCUAAAUGUACAUAUUUUGUUGUCUUAUUGCAAAUGACAUUCAGCUAAGGGUUGAACAGGCAUGAGUGCCCCUGGCUGAUGGGACACCAGCUCUCCCGCUUCAUGUUUACGUUGAGUGGCAACACUUUUUAACACAUUUAUUUGUGAGAUCUGUUUUUGUGUGAUAUUAUUUAUCCAAUAGGCUAACAUCAGGUGAUAUUUUAACGGGUGCUUCCCAAGUGUGCUUCAUGUUCUUUGACUGUAGUUUUAUUUCAAGUGUUACCAUGUUGAACUAUGCCAAAGGAUUUGUUUGACCGUAAAGCAUAUUUACUCUCAACUUUAAAAGCACAAACUAAAGGAAAGAAAAUUCACGUGUUUAUUUUUUGAGAAGUUGGGUCUAACAUCAUUUUAUAGUUUCAAAGAUGAUAGAAUAAGUACCAUGUUUCUGCAGUGUGAUACCUAAGCUAGUUAUUAGAUGAAGCCCUUUUUUCUGUAUGAUCUGAACAGUUGAACUGUUUUACUUUGAUACUUUAUCAUGAACGAUAGUCAAAGCCAUUCUUGACAGACAUGCACACAGCUGACCUAUUGUUGCUCUACCAUCCUGUCAGUUUAAGGCCUGGGUCAGGCACUAUUUGCAACAAUACCACAACAGUAAACUCUGAGGUAACUAACUCAAACACACCCUCAAAUCAUUUUAAUUAUGCCCCAAAAACUAAUAUUUUGUGCAUUUGACCCAGGUUCUGGCAGUUUAGUAGUACACAGUCACUUAGUGUUCUGAGGACUGGUGUGUGUGUUAGUAGGGGAGUGUUUUUUCACAAGACCCCGGUGGCUUGUCAAUAAUAAUAUGAAGAACGUUGUGUGAAACUGUUGACAUGAAUAAUGUCACAGUGCUAUGGUAUUUAGACCCGUAAGGUGGGGCUCUGCUGUGUUGGGGUGUUUAAGUGAAUGGAGCCACUGAGCAAAUGCCCUGUUGUUUAAUAAUAAUGACUAGUGAUGAACAUAGACCUUUGUAUGUAAGUGGUGAUUCAAUCCAAGACAAUUAUCAGAUGUUUUCAGGCAGCAAGGGGCUGAGGUUUGUGUACUGUAUUGUACUACAUUGUGUACUGUAACUCAUAUCUAGCUGAACCCAUCAGUAUUACCCCCAGCCCUGGUGAAUCCUAGAAACGAACAACAUCUAGCAUUUCAUGUAGAACUCAGGGGUGGUCUUAUACGUCUGAAAUACUUUGAUGUUAGAGGGAAUUAUUACUGAAGCAUCUGCUUAAGCCCAGCCUAAGGCCCUGUCAGCCUAGGCUGGACAGUUUUGUGGUGAAGCGGUUAUCUAUGGGUGACAUGGGGUGGGUCGAGUGUAUGUACGUGUGUGUGAGCCAUCUUCAUUUGAGAAACAAUGUAUGAUUGAACUGUAGUAUGAAGGCUGCCACUGUGUGCACAGCACCAAGUUAGCUGAACUAGUUAACGAGUCACCUAUAGUUGUCUGUCCCAUCACAGAUACUGAAUAGCAGCUUGAUCCUUUCCAGUACUUUCCUUCAGAAGAGUGUGUAGCACUCCGCUGACUGAAGGACUGGUUAAGGGUGCCUAUACAGUGUUUUCUGACUGACUGACUGACUUGAGUGUUAGGGUGUUUAUGUGUACACAUUGUUCCACACUCUGAAUGUAUGUCUGACUACUGCCCUGCCAACACAAUCUGCUGUGCCUUGGAAUAAUAAAGUACAAAGCUAGUAACUCACUUCAGACUCCUCCUUUACAAUUCACACUAUAAAAGGCAGCUGCGUUUUGGAAGUGCCUUUCUCAGACUGUCUGAUGUGUGCUGCAUGUAGGGUGGCAAGAAAUGCAGUAGGAACUAAGCAAAGAGUCAGAUGCACAGGGAUAUAUUCACAUUUCAAACACUAUAAUGUAAAGGCCUCAAAGCUGGAGUACAGAUUUUGACACAUACAGGUGCUCCAGAUUAGUUACUCUUCCCAGUGUGACCCUUGAAACACAGAUUGUAUUUGUGAAAGUCCUGUGUAGAUAUUCGAAGUGUGUGAACAAAUUUUGUGAUGCAGGUAAACGGGUCAUACGUGUGCGUUUUCCUGAGACGGCCUUCCCCCAUUGUCCUACACAAGCAGUAAUUAAAACUCGUAUUCCAACGACAAACCAGUUAACAAUCCGUCAUUUUAGGCACUUUCCAAGAUCAAAACACAUAGAUGGUUUGGAACACCAUUGAAACCCAUCGCUGUCCAAAUCCAUCCAUUGAGAUUUUUUCCCAUUAUUCCUUCAAGUUGGGGUGAAAAAGUCUUUGGCACAUACUGUACAACACAAGACAAGCAUAUUAUCUGCAAA